UCACAAAAAAAAUCAGAGCUCUCGCCAUCUCCACCCCUGUAUUCUCCAUAACACCGCUCACUCCUCUUGACAAGCUAGUGAUUAUUUGCAUCUACGUUCCAGAUUAGGCAGUCAUUAUCGUUUGUGCUCCAUCAACAUCACCUUACAAGUUUUGUCUUGUCUCCAGAAAUUUCAACCCUCCCUCAUGGGGCGUAAUUCCUCUGAUCAUUCAGAAUCUCCUGUUCGGAAUCACAGGUCUUCUCAUAGGAGCCCUUUAAGGAGAGAAAGAUCAGGAAGAUCACCAGGUAGAGAUAGGGCUUCAAGACACCCAAAGCCUCCUCCUAUUUAUUCACCACCGAGAGAGAAAGCUUCAAGCCACACAAGAUCCUCCAAACAGACACCUGCAUCUCCUGUAAGAGCAAACUCAAGAUCACCAUCACCAAGGAGUAAAAGGUUAAGGAGAGAUCGAUCUAACAAUAAGGAUGAUAAACCAAGUGAAAGAGGACAUGGUAAAACCAGGUCACCAGCAUCACAUGAAUCUCGAUCACCAUCACCACGAACUAGAAGGUUGAGAAGAGCCCAAGCUGAUAAGGCUGAUGAAAUGAAAGGCAGAGGACAUGCUAGUGGAAGUGACAAGGUUACACAUAAAGAGAGGGAUUCAGAUGGCAAUGGAAACGGAUCCUCCAAAUCCAGACAUGGGGGGGAAGGUCACAGGAGUAGACACAAAUCUGAUUCGCCUCCUGCUGCAAGAGGAGCUCGUGAUGAGGGAAAUAACUCAAGAGGUGAUCAUCAGAAUGGCAAUGAUGAUGAUUCAGUAGCACAAAUGAAGGCAGCUGAAGAGGCACUUGCAACUAAGGAAAAGCAAAAGCCUUCUUUUGAGUUGUCUGGAAAACUUGCGGCUGAGACCAAUCGAGUCAAGGGUGUGACACUGUUGUUUACUGAGCCACCAGAUGCAAGGAAACCAGAAAUAAGAUGGAGGCUUUAUGUUUUUUAAGGGUGGUGAAGUGCUUAAUGAGCCUUUACCAUCCAUCAUGCAGCAAACAACAUGCUGUCCUUCAGUAUCGGCAAGUUGAGGUGGAGCAACCUGAUGGCAUGCUAGCCAUGAAAAUAAGGCCUUACAUAAUGGACCUGGGGAGCACCAACGGGACUUUCAUAAAUGAUAAUCGUAUUGAAGCUGAACGCUAUUAUGAACUCAUGGAAAAAGACACCAUCAAGUUUGGCAAUAGCAGCCGAGAGUAUGUACUCUUGCAUGAGAAUUCUGCUUAGAAGAUUUUCUUGGGUUCUACACUAGCACUACCAGAGCAGAUGUGUUGUUGGAUAGUAUCUGACAACUGGAGUAUUUUCUAAGAUUUUAGGCAAUAUUGUUAUUGUUAUUGUUAAUGGUUUUGUUAUUAGUUUGUGAUGUUUGAUUGAUUUAACAAGAAAACCGGUGUUAAGAGUAAAUUACAAAAAUCAGUCUCCUCAAGUC